AUGCGAACGGGCUUAUCGCCCUUCUUGAGGCGACAGAUGACCACAAUCUGGCUUCUUCUUCUCCUCAAAGAACUGCUCAAGCUGGGAUCCCUCAUUAGUGCCCCAGAUACCCGCAAUCUCGCUGUAGAUCUCAUUUCGCUUAAAGUCAUCCAACUCCUUGUGGUCCUCAAGUCGCUUGCCAGCAUAGAAGACAUCCUGGAUCCAGAGGUUGUCGAAUUCUUGUCCCUGUUUCGCUUGCUCCACCUCCUUCUUUGUGUUGGCCUCGAUCUCCUGCCUGGCGGUCUCCAUCGCCUUCUUAGCCUUUUCAUGGCCCUGGCGACCCUCCUCAAGCUCUUUGAUGGUGAGCGCGAGCUUCUCAACGUCUUGCUUCAGGACAGUCUCCGCACUUGCGUGCUGAGCCUUAAGCUCAUGAAUCUGGGCCGUGGCCUUUCUGAGCUCGUUGGUAGUGUUUUGGUUGGUUUUGAACAGAUCAGCCUUCUCCUUGUUCCAUUCAAGUUGCUCAAGCUGAGCAGUGGCAAGCUCCUCUUUCUCAGCCUCCAGCUUGACGUGCAGGUAGUGGAUCUUCUCAUCUUUCAUGACCGUCCACUCUCCCAAAAGUUGAUGGUUGAUCAAGUUGUGCGCUUGUCCCCACUCGAGGCUCUCCUGGACAUAGUGACAAGCCCUGAAAGCUCUGUCGCGGGCAUGAUCUCUCUCAUGCUUGAGGUUCUCGUUCUCCUCCUUCAAUUCAAGGGCAGACUUGUCAUCCUCCCACUCAAUGUGGAGAUUGGCGAAAAGGCGCUUUGCCUCCAUUUCUUUGUCGAUAGCUUCAUCGCGCGCAGCUUCGGCAGCGCUGCGAUCCUUCAGUGCCGCCUCCUCACGCUCAAUAGCUGCCUUGCGAUCGUCCAAAGCCUAUCGUAG